CUCGAGGGGUGUGUUUUGCCAGUUAAUUCCAGCCCCCUGUGAAACUCGAUAAAACUGUUAUAUCACCCUGGUCAAACAGAUAUCACUUUCUGCCUGUUACCAAACAAGCUGCUUUUGAGAAGAUUUUCUUCUGACCGACCACAUUUAUCCAACUCUAAUGGCUUCAACAACAACUGAGUCAACAACUCUACAAUUAAUUGGCGGCAAUGAAGGAGAUCGAUUUUGGUUCACUGGUGAGAGCAACGGUGCCAGUUUGUGUAGGAUGUGGGUAUGGGUGGGGCCGUCGCAGGUUAAGGCUGUCAGGGCCUGGCUUUCAGAUGGGCGCAAAAAAACAUUUGGAGAACCAGUCGGAGAGCACAAAGAGUUCAGCUUCAGGCCUGGGGAGAGGAUCGCCACGCUGUCCCUGUGGGGCAACGGAAACGGCACGCGUCUUGGAGCCAUCAAAUUAAUAACCGACAAGGAAAGAGAAUUUUUUGUGAAAAUGACAAGCUGGGGUUUAAAAACAGAAUACCCUAUGGAUGUAGGCUCUGGAUUUUGUCUGGGCCUUGUAGGAAAUUCCGGACGGGACAUUGACUGCAUGGGAUUUUUGUUUCUCAAUAACAUUCAAUCCGCAGUUCUUUGCGACGUCAGAUAUCCCACCAUUAAACAAGUGACUCCGCAGGUGUCAGUGGAAGAAAUCAAAUCUGUCAUUUACAAGAAUAAGACCUCUGUCGGUCAACAGCAAACAGUCGAAAUAUCAAAGAAAAUAAUCAAAACAAACUCAUGGUCUGUGAGCGAAAACAUCACAGCCACAUUCAGUGUGGAUGUAAAGGCGGGGAUUUCAAACAUGGCAGAAAUUUCCACAGGAUUCAGCACUUCUGUCGGAGUAGAAAACACUUGCAGUUGUGUGCACACUAGUGAAAGAACUGAAACUCUGUCUACCAAUAUAGAUGUUCCACCAGGGAAGAAGAUUCAUGUGAAAAUCACCAUUGGCAGACGCUCGUUUGACCUGCCGUACACGGGCACAGUGAAGAUGACCUGCCGUAACGGCAGCGUGUUUUCUUUUCAAACCACAGGCAAAUACAAAGGCAUCACUUACACUGAUAUGAAAGUAGAUACUAAAGAAUCAAAUAUUUGAUACAUAUACUGUAUAUUCUUUGAUUUUACUAGCCUAUAUGUUACUUUGUCUACAUUCCAAAAUAAUUUUCUCAUGUGCGGUCAGCAGAUUUUCCACGCCUGAUUUGUAUUCCUCUGUUUAAUUUUAAAGGCCUAUUUUCUCUAAUAUUUUAGCAAUUGUAAAUAUAUAUUUAACAUAGUCUUUGUCAAUUUUUUUUUACUAAUUCGAAUACUUCA